UUGCUGAACCUGGCAGUGGAGGCGACGAGGAAGACGAGAGAGGAGAGGAGAGGAGAGGAGAGGACAGCGCCGCAACAACAAGCCCCGCUGCCACACUCCACCGUCUGUUGGACUGAGGGAAUACGUGCUGCCAUUUUUUUCUUUUCUUUUUUUCUGUCUUUUUUAUUCUCUUCUUCUUCUUCUUCUUCUUUCUCCUCCCUUGGUAUGCGGCAUAGCACAAGGAGGUUACAGUAGACCUGCGAUUACUUUUCAUUUUUUGUCCUCCUCUAUUUUUUUUCUUUCUGUCUUUUCGCUGCUGUUUGUAGUGGUGAGAAAGGAAGGGAGGGAGGGAGGACCAGGACCAGGACGAGGACGAGGACCAGGACCAGGACCAGGACCUGUUCUUAGCGAGCACUGACCGCUGAGGCCACCAGGAAACGCUGCACAGUCCCUAUCUGGAGUCAUGCAGUCCUUCAGAGAGCGGAGCGGUUUCCAUGGCAACCAGCACUGCUACCAGCAGGACUCCCAUGAGUUCUCACACCUGGAGAGCUACAGGCCCCACCACCAGCAGCACCCCGGCCAGAGCAGACAGGGAUAUGAGACACACCCCCUCUCAUCCACGGGCAUACCGCCCACCAGAGCGCCCUCAACAAAAGACUGCUAUGGCCAGCAGGGCUACCCAACAUACAUCAGUGCCGGGGGCAACAGCAGCACCACUGGCUCUGCUGCAGAGAAAAAGCCCUCUUACCAUGAGGGCAAAGUGUCUGGCCAGCAUCUCCAGGCAGGGUAUGGCAACCACAUGGGUGGGCAGGGGGGCUACUCAGCCCAGUACCUGAGUGAGGGCCACCUGCAGCAACAGAAGUGGGAGGACACGGCACCCCAGCUGGCCCCAUACGAGCAGGACAUGGUGGGCCGCCUGGAGCCGGGAGGAGGGGGCAGUGGCGGUGGAGCUUCCCAGUACCUGGAGCAGGGCAUUCUGGGUAUAUCCCAGAGUCACUGCCACCUCCCCAGCCAGCCGUCCGCCCCCGUCUACACCAGCUCCCAUCAGCAGAGCUUGGCUCCGUCCCCCCUGAUGUACCCCCAGAGCCACAUGCACUUCCCCCCUCAGCACGCCCAGCCCCCACCUCCGGCUUCCUCAUCUGCCUCCUCCGCCUCCUCCUACAUGGACAAGUGUGCCCCCAUGCCCCAUGGCUACAAGGGCUACAGCAUGCCUCCUGGUCCGCAGUACAGCCGGCAGCUGGGCAACCACAGCGGGCUGAAGCCCAGCAGCUACCGACCUCAGAACAACUACAGCUACCAGCCGCCGCUGUCCCGCAGUGGGUUCGAGCAGCAACAGCAACCCGUGCCUCUCCAGGGCAUGGCUGGCUCCCAGGAGGGCAUGCAGAAGUUCCAGCACUUCCAGCACGGCCAGACCCAGCAGGGCUACUGCAUGCCCGACAUUCCAGUCCGUUCCCCGGAGCAGUACUACCAGAACUGCAGCCCCAGCUCCAGCCACUCCCCGGCACGGUCGGUGGGCCGGUCUCCGUCCUACAGCUCGACGCCGUCCCCACUCAUGCCCAACCCCGAGACGUUUCAGUACAGCCAGCCACCAACCCCCAUCAACCCCACGGCUACCGUUUCCUCCUCCUCUUCCUCCACUGGUGCUCUGCAGGACCAGGGCAUGCUGAUGCCCCCUCACACUCACCCUUCCUCCGGGGUCAACCACCAGUCCCAGAGCUACAGUGGCUCCAUGAAGGACCGCUUCUCAGAGAAGCUGCUCUCCAACCCCAGCCUGUGGAGCCUCAACGCCCUCACCUCCCAGGUGGAGAGCAUCUCCAACAACGUCCAGCAGCUCCUACUGUCUGAGGCCCUUAUGGCCAAUAAGAAGGGGAGCAAACGAGGGAACCCCAAAAAGGGAGAGGAAUACAGGGGGCAGCUGAGAGGGCUGGAUGACUCCUGCCCUGAUGGUCAGCAGCAUGGCACCCACAUGCCUGAGGCCUACAGCACCCCCAAGUCCCUAACAGCUGAGCUCCAUGAGGGAGCCUACUCCGGCAGCACAGAGGACCAACUGGACAGGAGCUACUACUACUGUAACCAGAGCAGGGGUCCAUUACAUGGCCCAAGCAACCCACACAUGCCUUUAAAUGCAGUGUCCUCUUGUUCGAUGACCUUGCUUGAGAGCAGGUCAGUGACCUCCUUCCCCGACAUGCAGAGCACAGCUCCCGAGAGCAACCCAAACCAGGACCCAAGACUACACAGUGUUACACCCAUGGAGGGAGACCACAACAGCUCACUUCAGCGCAUGAGCGAUGAGAGAUCUCCCAUGAGUAUCCCAGCGCAGAGUCCAAUGAAGCAGGAGACCAAUUCCCCGCCUGACAUCAAGCGGCUAGACAGCUCCCUGAAGGAGAACUUUGAGGAGUCGGCCUGGAUGGAGAAAACAGCCGAUGAGGAGGAGCACCUGAAGACGAAGCCAACUACUGAACUGAAGUUUAAAGGGGAAGUUAUGGAGGGUGGAGAGAAACAGGAGGGGUGGUCAGAGGAUGAGAAGUCUCCAUCCCUAUUUCCCAAGAUGUGCACGGACACCUCAGGCCAGAGCGACACUUAUGAGUCUGAGGAGAGCGUAUAUCAGGAAAUUCACAACAAAAGCGAUCCAGACGACAGCGACUCUGCUAACAGGAGUUGUGGAUUAUUGGGCGAAAACCACCAGGGAAAUCUAGACCCAGAAAUGAAAUCAGAGACGUUCAAAUCAGAGCCAUCCCCUAUUGCAGAAACCCAUCCAAAAGCACUGCCAUCCAUCUCAAGAGGUGACCUUGCGGAGGAUCAAUAUUUGCCAAGCCAAGAGGAGAAUUCAGAGACUCUACAUCUCUCCCCCUGCAGCAAGCAGAAUGAGGCAAAGCUUUUAGCUGCCGAGGGGAGGAAGCAAGAGACCCUGGAGGGGCAGCAAUCUGUCCUCACCUGUCAGACCACCGAGGUGAGGGAGGAGCAGACAAGCCAGUCUUCCUUCGCAGAGGUCAUCAAUAACGUUGGGAGACCACAGGAGCCGCCGGCAGACUACUGCAGUAGGGCUGAGCAGCAGGGAUGUCAGAUUGCAGUCAACCACCAGGCUGAGGAGGCGGCUGUAGUGGCCCCGGAUGCAGCCCCUCAAAGUAGUGAAAGGAGGUCGAGCAUUUGUAACAUCGCGCCUCAGUCUCACACCUCUAACCUGGGCUUCACAGCUCUGGGGGAGAAAGCAACACCUCCGGCUCAGACGAGGGAUCACAUCGAUCGCAGCGAUGCCAAGGUGCUGGAGCCCGACUCGCCCCAACUUCCAGGCAAAUCGAUCCUGCACUCAGCACCGUCUUGGGCCAAUACCCCUCCCUCCCCACAAAAAGGUGACGAGGACAUGGAGCCUGGAAUCAGCUGCCCCAGUGCAGUGACCCCGUCGGCCAAGCCAGAGCCAGUGGCCCCCUCGGCAAACCCCAGAGUCUUUGGCCGAAAGCCUGGUCGCGGCAGAAGGAGGAUAAUGCACUCCAACAUAGGCAUCAGAAGGCAGUUGGGUGUAGAGGGUGAGGGAGCACCCACCCCAGCCCAGAAGCCCAACAUGCCCUCAAGCAAAAGUACCAUUUUGUCCGAUCACAUGGGGGCGUUCCACCAGGAGGACAUCGGCAGUCAGACGCCAAAGCAUUUGACCGACAGCUUACCGUCCCGCAUGUGCACUCGUUCUUUCAGUGCACAGGGAUCCCCCAAGACCACUAGCCCCCCUAUAAAAAAAAAGCCAGGCCCCAAACCUGGAGGAGGGUCUGCCCCAAAGGGGCAGGUAGGCCGCCCUAGAGGCCUAGCUUCUAAAAUGAAACUGUUGAAACAAGUGGAAGAAAUCCAAGCCUCAAUAGACCAAGCCAGAGCCAAGAGGGCAGUUACUGGGAUUGGCACACAAGAAGACAACCCAGACCCAGUUACAUUAGAAAUCGCAUCAGAAAUUAAGUCACCUGUCAAAGAUCAAAAGGCCAUGGUGCUUAGGUCUCGUAAGACACCCGAGAAGCCAGACAAAGACCUGGUGAAGGAGAAAGAAACUCCCCUUGCUCCUCCAAAGAAACUCAGAGAAAUGAAAAAGCAAAAAGUACUUCUCCAGCAGAUGAAUGAGGCUUCAGACACAAACACGCCUGUGUUUCCCCAAAAAGAGAAUUACCAGAAUGAACCUAGCAAGCAAGAGGAGAAAAUUUCACCCUCUGUCAAAAAACAAUCCACUUCACAGUCUCUGGAAACAGUGAAGAGAAAGCGAGGUGUGAAGGCAGACAAGGCUGAGGCAGAGCAGCCAUCACAGCUGUCACAGCCUCUAGAGCUCCAAGAACAGCACGACCCGAAGCCCCUGCCAAACACCACAGGGGUGGGAAUCAGAGGCCCCAAAAAGAAGCGAGGGCCACACCCUAAAACAGCCGUGAGCAGCCCUGCCACCAAAAAUGAACUUCCCGUCCCUGAUGUCAGCGAGGUAACCAGCAUGCCUCCUCAGUGCCCGACUAAAACCAAGUAUCUGCCUCCACGGAAAGGCAGAGGUCUCAAGUACGAAGCUAACAAAAUAACAUCCACCCCUGCAUCCAAAAAGCAACCCUUUAACCUCCCACCAGAGGCUUUGCCAGAGGACCCUGCCUCAAAGGCAGUCCAACAGGUGCCUGAGCAGAAAGAGGAGAUGCCAGAGGAGAGCUGCACAGCGGUGCAAGAGAUCCAGGGACCUGCUGAUGGGCCGACGCCCAGGAAGAAGAGGAGGAUAUGGGCGACUGUGGAGUGCAAAGUGGAGCCAGAGGGGGGCUUGGAUGCUGCGUCUCUCAUCAUUAACACGCCGCGGCUGGCAAAGCAGAGGGCCAUCAAAAACAACCACGAGAUGCACCUGAAGCAAAGGAGGAAGAGGAGAAAAGGCCAUCAUCCUCCCGAGGGCCUCACUGUGGUGGAACCAGUGGUGGAACCGCAGGCUGAACCGCUAAAGGAAUCUCAGCUAGAAACACAGGUGCAGGUAGAACUGCUGACAGAACAGCAGGAGCUUCCCGCACCUUCAGCUCUGACACCCACCCCAGCUCCGGUGACAAGCAGUGAUCAACCUCCCACGGAGCUGCCACCCGAGACAUCCACCGAGCCUCCCAAACCCCGCAGGGGAAGGAAACCCUCUCUGAAGAAGAAAGAGGCAAAGGCAUCCGGUGAGCCCAACAGUGUACCUGCCAAGAGGGGUAGAAAGCCAGGUCCUAAAAAGAAGACAGAACAGAGUACAGCUGCUGCAAAGCCUCCUGCGAAAGUCACCAUACCGUCUACAGAGACAGCGCCCAAGCUCAAGACAAGAUGCAGAAAGCAGAGUACCCCUAAAGUGAAACAGGCACAGCAAAAGAUCACACUCAACCUUAUCUCAGCACCCAUGCCACCGAAACCAGAAAUGAAAUGCCCUUUCAUCCCCUAUGUGCGCGUCGACAGCUCUAUGGACCCGACCACUGCCUGUGCCAUUGUGAACAGGCUGGAUGAAGAGCAGCGGAUUGAAAGGGUGAGUGAAAACAGCAUGGGGGAAACGAAACCCCUAGCCAACACAGUUGCCAAGGCGAUACCCACAUCCUCUAUGAUGCUUCUGGGACCCCUGGUUCAUAAAAACCUAACUGACAGGUGCCUAAAGUGUUGCCUGUGUGGAAUGCCUUCAAAUUACAGAGAUUUGGGGGACCUGUGUGGGCCAUAUUACCUGCCAAACAACAUACCGCGCAAGACAGUGUCCUGGGGGUACCGAGAGGAGUUCUGGGAGAGCAGAAGAGUUCCGUUCAUAAGUACUCAACCACCCCCAGUUGAGGAGAGUGAGAAAACAACCAGCCAAGCAGGAACGAGCGGAGAGCACUCUGGCCACCACCGUAAGCUCAGGAGGCCGAGUCGGGAGGGCACACACCUCCGGACCAACUUCCGCCUAAGACUUAAAAAACUGCAGCAGUGCCUGGGCUUCAGGAGGAGGGCUGGUGAGACUGCUCCCCCUGGUGGUGAGGAGGGCCCGGAUACAGCGCUGGAGAGAAUGCAGAGGGAGGCGGAGGAGACGGAGCAUUGGGCCCAUGAGGCCUGUGUGGUGUGGACCAGUGGGGUUGUUCUGGUGGCGGGGCGUCUCUACGGGCUGAAGGAGGCUGUUCAAACAGCUGCUCAAACAAAAUGCGCUAAGUGCCAGAGUGAAGGAGCGUCAGUCAGCUGCAGCUGCGAGGGAUGCUCUCCCAAAUACCACUAUGUCUGCGCCAAAGAGUCGGGCUGCUCGUUUGAGGAGGACAACUUUUCAAUGAGGUGUCCAAAACACGAGGCUGAGUGAGAGGGGCUACUCCAACCUGCAGCCUGAUGAGCACCACCAGGCCGGAGCUACAUCGGCCCGCGCCGACAUCCGCCCAGCGCCGCUCAGGUCCGCAGCGCCGGAGCCCGGAGCAGGGGGGGAUGGGCACUCACGCCCGAGCACAAGAAAGGUACUGCUGUAGCAAUACUGACACCUGCCCCCCCCUCCCCCCUGCACCUUCAUCCUCCCAUGGAUGUUACUCUUGUUUUCCUUUAACCAUGGGAGCAGAGUCAGCUCUACACAAAGGAAUGCUCGAGAAAGCCUUUACUUCAGACGAGAGAAGAGGAGAAAAAGGGAAAAUGAACUGUUUGAAAGAAGAAAAAAAAACAUGAUUGUGCCAUCCAGCUUUCUUUCUUUCUUUCUUUCUUUCUUGGAAUGGAUGCUAUCUGUGUGGCACACCUGGAGACGGAGCUUUGGCCCACUGCCCCUGCUGGCAUCCAAUCCGAGCUCACGGACUCUGCUGUUGUCCAAUCACAGCUCGUAGACUCUGCUGCCAUCCAAUCACAGCUCACGGACUGUGCUACUGUCACGGCGGUGUGGUGAAACCGUGCUGUCAAUGCAUCAUGCACCCACUGGAUGGAUUUAAAUGUUAAAUGUUCAAAAAGAAAUAAAGACAAAAAAAAGACAAAAAAUGUACAUGGUGUGCUUUGCAGGUCUAAAUAUUCCAAUAAUACAAAUAAAUGAUGAGUUAAAAUCUUAUUUUAAUAUAAUGCUCUUCCAAGAAGUAUUUCAAUGUGUGUUAAUGAGAACACAAGACCAUUUUUAGCACCAUUGCCUAUCUUGGGUUCUGUCCAGCUUUGUGUCUGAAAAAAAAAAAAACAUCUGCCCAACUUAUCCACCCCAGCUGUGGGAGCACUCAUCAGUCCAAAUCACAGAGCAAGGAGAACCACAGGCCCAAAAGAACCUGUUCUUUUCAUUUGAUUUCUACCCCACUGUCUCUCCUCUCCUUUCUGUCAGACCUUGAGGCCGCUCUGAAUGCUUUAAGGCAUGAUUCAUCACUGAUGUCUGUACGAGAUUAAAACUGUUCUAUAAUGCAGAAUUGCCCCCAUCCCAUCCCAUCCCAGUCCCAGUCCCAUAGCACCACGACAGGUAAACAGGAGGUUUACCAGGGAAUACAGGUGUGGCCAUCACAUAACCUGCACCCCUGUUCUUAAGAUUCUUAACUAUGGUUCGUGUACAUAAGUAUUUGACUGUUUAAAUGUAAGAUGUGAUGUACUAUUAUAAUUGUGUAUAGUAUUUCUUAGAGAUGUUUAUUUUCUAUAAAAUGAAUAUGUCAUUGCCUAUCAAAUGUUAUUAAAAACAAUGAAAUAACAUGUC